AUGCCAAGAGAGCCGUGGCAACGUGCCCACGGGCACGGCGGUCUUGGUCCGCGCCACCGUUCCACAUCGGGCCUGCGUCGCGGGCUGUUCCGACCACACGAGGGCGAGGAGGAUGGCGGGGAGAAUCACCGAGAUGAUCGCGUCCGGGGAGGGCGGCUUGCCCACACCGCGGGCUCCCAGUUCCACAGCGACAUGGAGGGCCGUGUCCAUGGGGUCUAUCCUUCUCGCCGGUACUACCUCCCCGCCGCCGGUGACUCUUGUGUUGGUGGAGGCUAUCCAGCUUCUUCCCGGUACCUCACCGUCGGUGACUCGUCCUGCCCAUCGAUGGCAUCGCGCGCAAGGGAGGAAGUUGAUCGCUUAGAGCGUGAGCUUCACAGCAUCGAGAGAUCCAUCGUCAUCCCGAUAUGCCUGAACACCGAGGCCAGGGAGUUCUUCCCGGACAGGGACACGCAGCGCCUCGACAGGUUCCUCGCUGCUGCGAAGCGGCUGCAGCGGCUGGACACGUCAGGGGACAUCGAUCAGCGCAAGAAGAGCCUCCUCAAGACGGUCAUGUCCUGCCUCGCGGACGAGUUCUGCCACCUCAAGGUGUGGAGGCUGGACGACGCUACGGCGAGGGAUCACUCGCCCGCCUCCAUCUGGGAUUCCGCCAGGCGCAGCCGCAGUGGUUCCCAGGACUCUGCCCGGAUGAUGAGCUCCUCGUCCUCUGGGUCCUUCACCACCGGCAGCGGCGGCACAAGCGAUGCGAGCUAUGGCUCGUACCACAGGGGCCUAGGUGAAGAACCGUCGGUCCAAAGUCACAGCACGUUCGCAGCUGGAAUGAUUUAUGUCGACCGUAGGUCAUUGUCGAUCGUCCGUGAUAUUGCGAGCGUCAUGAUUGGGAGCGAAUAUGAAGAUAUUCUACGAGGAGCUUUUGAUCGACACUGCGCUCAACUUGCAAGGUACAUUGAAAUACUUGACAUUGACAACAUUUUUGGAUAUCAAUUGGAAGAAUCAAGAGAAAUUCUACUGAAAGUCUGGACAUCUGCAGUGCACAUUAUCAUUAGUUUUCUGAAUGAGAUGCAAAGACAAUUGGAUGCACAUGAUUUUGGUUCCUUCGAUAAAAUCAAGGAGGAAUAUUUCUUGGCAAUUGCAAAGGUAAAUGUCAUGAAGUUGCUUGACUCAGCUAAUUCUAUCAGUUUUCAGGUGGACCCACCAACUGACCAGUCAUGCAAGAACAGUUAUGGGGCAGCUGAACGUAACCUAUCCAAAAUGGUAGAUGUUGUGAUGGUGUACCAAGCACUGGAUCAUGGUUUGCCAACAAUCUUAUCACUGCUUUCGGGGAAAACUAAGGAGCUCGUUGUUGCAGAGGGUGAAGAGCUUAUCAAGAGAUUGUCAGAUGUGUUUGCCAAAUUAUCUGAUGAACUAAACAAUACUGUCAGAUCACAAUAUUUGUUCAUCACUGAUACUGGUGUCCAUCGUUUUACGAAGCAUGUCAUGGAUCAUAUACGAUUGCUAGUUCAACAUAAGAGGACAAUCCAUCCAAUGCUAGAGUUCAUAUUGAACGUGAAUUCCAGGACUUUGCAACUACAAGGGCAGGAGCAGAUAUUCCUUUUAAACAAUGUCCGCUUCAUGCUCGAGGCAGCCGAGAAGAAUACAGAGUUGGUACUGAUUCUAGGAGAAAGCUGGUUCUUACGGUGCCAUGACCAAAUCGACCAGUGCAUAUGUGGACGUGUCUUGGACACCGGUUAUGUCCUCACUUGA